CGACUGAUCUUUGCAGCUAACUGUCUCUCUCUCACACACUCACUCAUUGAGACAUUGCUGACAUUAUAAGGGCCAUUCUAUUUCACUUCAUUUACUAUUUAUGGCUACAUGAUCGAUCGGUGUUGCUUUGAGCCUCGUGAUAUACUUUACAUUCAUCAUUUCUCUUCAAACUCCCCUGCCCUAACCCGAAUUAGUUCUCUCUCGCUCUCUCUCUCUCUCUCUCUCUCUCUCUCUCUCUCUCAUGGAUUUUCAGCCAAAUACUUCUCUUCAUCUAAGUCUACCCAACAACGAACCGAACUUGGAGCUUGUCCUGGAGCCAUCAUUUACUUCUUCCUCAUCUUCUUCUUUUAGUCCGUCCUUGGAACCCAAGCGCAUGUUUUCAUGCAACUACUGCCAAAGAAAGUUUUACAGCUCCCAAGCACUUGGAGGCCACCAAAAUGCUCACAAACUCGAGCGCACUUUAGCCAAGAAAAGCAGAGAGCGGCUAAGUUCCGCGGCCCGAACUCAUGAUAGCAUGAACCAACGAGCCGUAUCUAACUACAGCUGCAGCAGCGAUUCAGGUGCUAGUCAUGCGGAGUUUCCGCAGGCACAUCUUGGCGGGUUGAAAGUACAUCAAGGACAUGCCGGUAGGUUUGUUGGUCAAAUGAACCGUGGAUACAGAUCUGAGAAUGCUGAGGAGGACAUUUGCCACCUUGACUUAUCUCUGAGGCUUUGAGUUGUUUAGUCAAUUGCACACAUUAAAAUUUUAAAUUAGCGUGUGUUAUGAUCUCAUCGACUUUCAUGUAUGGUGUCCAAUCAUAUAAUUCGAUUCCCAAAAUUCAGUGAGUGUAGAGCUGAAUGCAAAUUAUUCAUAUCAGAUACAACAAUCUGAAAAAUAAGAUGGUAAAUUUUUUU